GGGCGGGGGGGGGGGUUAGCAAAGUAGUCUUGAAAAAUGAUAGAAAUUGAUUAUGGGUUUUGCUUGUUUUGUGUUUUAUUAUUAUUAUUAUUAACUUUUUUUAAUGGCAAAGUUGAAACCUUGGGAGCUUCGAAAUCCCAGUGUUGGAGUCUCAUUUUAUGUAAAUGUGUGGAUUUUUUUAGUUAAGUUUGUUAUUCAGUACUUCUGACGAGUUAUUAUGACUGAAAUUGAUGAUAUGGUUAUAACUUGAAAUUAUUAUUAUUUGUUAGAUUUUAGGGUUUAGGGUUACUUUUUCCUUUCAUUUUAGGGUUCAGUUUUGCAGGAAAUACUGUCCUGAAACAAGUGUAAUCGAGUGGCUAUUUCCGACUUUUCCAUUUUUCUCUUGAAGUAUCCGUGGGUCCGUCACGCAGGUCCUUGUCAUGUAGCUGAAUAGAGUGAAAUGCUUGUUGUUUGAAAUUUUAAGUGGUGUGAUGGUUCAGUUUAAUGGGUUUCAUUUGGUGGAAAAAAGGUUCAAUGGUAGGAUCCCCGAUAACUUUGUUAAGAAAUUCGGGGACGAACUUUCUGUUGCUGCUGCUCUCACUGUUCCUGAUGGUCAUGUUUGGCGUGUAGGAAUAAGGAAAGCCGACAAGAAGGUUUGGUUUCACGAGGGUUGGCAGGAAUUUGUAGAGCGGUACUAUAUCCGUGCAGGCUACUUAUUGGUUUUCAGAUAUGAAGGGAAUUCUUGUUUCUGUGUUAGUAUAUUUAGUUUGUAUAACUCGGAAAUCAACUAUCAGACUAAUGCUUUCGUCGGUACACAAUACUAUCAUAGAAAACCGUAUCCAUUUGAAGAACUUGAAGAUGAUGAAUGCAUCUCUCCAGCACUGCAGAAUUUGUUUUCCAGGUCUAAAGUUAAUAACUGCAUGAACUGGAGCGGUGAAAUCAAUUUUCGUGCGUUAAAGGGCAUGAAUAGCCAAUCUUUUCGAGGUGCAGUGCUAUCAAAACCAAACAAGCCUGGGAGGAAAAAGCAGAAGUUUGAUCAUGCCGAACCGGAUUCAUCUGUUGGACGUGAAUAUGAUGUGUAUACAAACUUUAGAUUAUACGAAAGUGCUUCAGCCCGAAAGAGAACCGUGACAACAGAAGAAAGAGAGAGGGCAAUUAACACAGCCAAAUCGUUUGAGCCGAUGAACCCUUUCUGCAGAGUUGUCUUACGACCAUCAUAUCUAUACCGGGGAUGUAUUAUGUACUUACCAUCAUGCUUUGCUGAGAAGUAUCUAAGUGGGGUUUCGGGAUUUAUUAAACUUCAGCUUCCAGAUGGGAGACAAUGGCCCGUUCGAUGUCGUUAUAGAGGUGGCAAAGCCAAGUUUAGUCAGGGAUGGUACGAGUUUACGUUGGAGAAUAAUUUGGGCGAAGGAGAUGUCUGUAUCUUCGAGCUGCUCAGAUCAAGGGAAUUUGUGCUUAAAGUUACUGUAUUUCGUGUAAGGGAAAGCGCACCAGUCUCAAUGAAAUGCCGCCCCGAGUUAAACCAGCUAACAUAUAGUGAACAUACCCUUCCAGAUGAUGUGAAACCGAUCCGGGUCGAUAAGAGCAUGCCAUUUUGAUGUCCAUAAAAAGCUUUUAAUGGGGGGAAGAUUUUUAGUUGCCUAGAAGAGUAGAUACAAAAUUUUUCUUUUGUGGGGUUUGUUUAGGACUGUAAAUGGAGCAAUGAAGGUGAUGAUGAUGACGACGUUGAACUUUGAGGGAAGGAAAAUGGGGUGUUGGGAUUUGAUUUUUGUGGUCUGUUUUUUAUUGGCUUGAAAUUUUCAUUCACUGCUUUUGGCUUGAAUUCCUCGUGACGUAGUUUUUAUGCUACAUUUUAAGUUGGGUAAAUUAUACUCAAGUUCAUUAAA